AUGCUCCUGCCCUCGCCGGCACUGGAAGCUGGUGCCUCGACGGCGCAGUCGAACUCGAGGUUCAACUUUCGCCCUGCAGAGGACCAGGCCCAAAGCAAGGAGAAGGACGAUGAUGACGAGGAGGUGGACGAGAUGGAGAUGAUCCAGCAGCUCCUCGAGAGAGAGCAGUCCUAUCGCAAGGAGUUGGCGAGAAGAGACCGUGUGCUGAACUGGUACCAUGAAGAGCUCUUGAGCACCCAAGACGAGCUCGACGAGGCCCAGAAGGAGCUCGACGAGCAGAGAUGCGAAGGAGAUGUCCAGUUCAAGGAGCUCCUCGACUCCAGGCGGAAGGAGGAGGGCUUCCGCGCGAUGGAGGCAAAACUCGUAGACUGCGAGGAGCAGCUGGAGAGUUGCCACGAGAGGUUGAAGGAGGAGAUCGCAGAGCAAAGUAUCUACGGUGUCCUCAAGUUGAAGUUGGCUGAGGCAGAGAAGCUGCAGCAGGAGGUCAAUGGUACUCUCCGGCUGGAAAACGACGACCUCGCCUUCGACGUCAGAGAGCUUCGCGCCGAGUUGGCUUCGGCGCAGCGAAUGGUAGCGGAGGAGUCAGCCUCCCUUCGGGUGUCACAGCAGGAGGCCACCGCCCUGGGUGAUGCUUUGGAGCGAGCAGAGGGCGAGGUGCUGGGACGUGCUGCUUCGACGGAGAAGGACUCGAUGCUCGAGGCGCAGCUUGAGGAGACGCGGCUGGAGCUCGCAGCCAUGACUAGCGAGGUCACUGCACAUCAAGCUCAGCCGAAGCCAACGCAGGAGGGCUCGUCGGCCGCUGCAGAGAUCGCGGAGGCCACAGAAGCCUUGGCCCAGUCGAGGGCCGAUGUGGAGGCAGCGGCAAAGCAGGAGUGGCGCGCUGUCGAGGCAUUUGACAGACUUGCCGACGUGUCCAAGGAGCUGGAGCGUGUUAAGUCGCUGGCAGCGGCAGAGCGCAGCCGACACGACGAGGCGCUCGCAGCAGCGGCCGCUGAUGCCGAGCGGAGGCUGGCCUUUGCCGAGCGCCAGGAAGCGGCGCUGGCAGCGCAGCUCCAGAGCGCUGUUGCUGCGAGGGAAUCUGCGGACAGUCGACUGACGCUGGCUGAGGCGAAAAUCGCCACAGCAGCAGCCGUCGAAAGGUGCGUGGAAGACGACAAGCUGGAGGCGAAGUUGGUGGAAGCUGCAUCGGCUCGAGACAGGGCGGCUACAGAGCUCGCAGAUGCGCGGGAUUUGUCGGCCUCCCUGCGCCGGGAGGUGCGGGAGGAGUCCACGGCCAAGCAACGUGCGGACGAGCGCCUGGAGCAGGCCGAAGAGCUCGGCCGAGCUUUGAGCUCCAAAUCGGCUGCGGCCGUCGCAGCCAAGGCCACGGCGGAGGUGUUGGGCAUUGAUGCAGUGCCAGAAGGCACUGGCUUCGAAGUACCGGUUUAG